UAUACCAAUUUUUAUUAACGUCACUGCAAAAUGCAAUACGAACUGUAAUUAAUAAUAGGCAAAGUAAUAAAAAUCAAAUAAAAUCAUGUAACUGAAUGUGCGGUUUAGUAAUUCGUGAUUCGCACUUUUCGUCAUCAAAACCUUUACCAACUCAAAUGUUCCGAUUACUACCAUAGGGCGAUCAAAAUGAAAAAACUGUUUUACAAAAUCGAAACCAAAAUUGAUAACACUUCUAAGGAAACCAAUAACGUUAUUGGAAAGCAAUUCGUCGUCGGUCGACUAUCCGUAACCGUUGAGGAUAUACUGGCCGAAGGAGGAUUCGCCAUCGUUUAUCUGGUUAAGGCCAAUAAUGGCGUUAGGUACGCUCUCAAGCGGCUGUACGUCAACAACGAACAAGAUCUUAACGUCGCUAAAAGAGAAAUUCAGAUAGCCAGCAACCUGAAUGGGCAUAAGAAUAUCAUCGGAUAUGUAGAUUCGAGUUUGACGCCCACGAGCGGGGGCGUUUAUGAAGUGCUUUUGCUAAUGCCUUAUUGUCAGAAUAACGUUUUAGGGUUAAUGAAAGCACGCGCGAAAGCUAAUUUUACCGAGCAAGAGGUGUUAAGUAUAUUCUGUGAUACAUGCGAGGCCGUCUCGCGAUUGCAUCACUGCCAAACUCCGAUCAUUCAUAGAGAUUUAAAGGUAGAAAAUAUAUUAGUCGGCGAGAGUGGCAAUUAUGUGAUCUGCGAUUUCGGCUCGGCAACCGGGCGGGUGCUAAAUCCUUCGACUCACGGCGCGUCCGUCGUCGAGGAGGAGAUUAAGCGCUACACUACACUUAGCUAUCGAUCACCCGAAAUGGUCGAUAUGUACUGUGGAAUACCAAUUACGACAAAGGCUGAUAUUUGGGCUCUUGGCUGUCUGUUGUACAAAUUAUGUUUUUUUACAUUACCGUUUGGAGAGAGUACUUUAGCUAUACAAAGUGGAAAUUUUUACAUUCCUGAUAAUUCUAGGUAUUCAAAGGGUUUACACCAAUUAAUUCGUUAUAUGUUAGAACCUGAUUCGGAUCGUAGACCCGAUAUUUUUCAAGUAUCCUGUAUAGCAUUCCCAUUAUUAGGCAAAGAUAAUCCAGUACAAAAUUUACAUAACACUCCAAUUCCAUCACUAGACGACCUACCGGUACCUCAACUAGAAUCAGAAUCCAAAAAAAUGCACACACAAGUCAAAUCAAUGGCGAAACCAUCUUCGGUUCCACUAGUUGAAGGGACCAGCGUAAUGCCAAGACAACGACCAAAGGGCAGCUCCGCUAACCCGCUAACCUUAAACAACCUUCCUCUUACUUUAAGUCCCAGCCCUACAACGAUAAAAAAAUCCCAAAGUCCCGUGACCUUAGUAGAUAGUCAAUUCCAAAGUAUGAACCAGGCGAACUACCCGCCCGUCACGUUCUCAACGACCUCUCCGUUUCAGAGUCCCCCAGCGUUCUUUUCCGUACCCAAUCCCGAACCGCCGGAGAAACAUUUCGAUAAUCUCUUCCAGUCUUCCAUCUAUCCGGAUCCGUUUAGGGAUGAGAGUAAGGCGAACGCCGAAGCUUGUCAGAGAAACGUGCCUCUUAAUAUUGUCUCGCCCGUCACUCCCGAGCAAACGCUCUUGGGAUCGGGCGGUUUGCUGUCGGGCGGAGGGUCGGCGAAGAUCGGACUGGCCGAGUCGACAAGUCAAAGUAUGGUCGGUUCGUCGGAUACGCCGCCGAAUUCGCCGUCGCUGUCCGCCCCUAAGGGCCACCGACGCAAUAUGAGUGAUACUACCGCUUUCAACAAAGUAUACGCCACCGAAACGUCGCAAUUUCUGGCACCCUACGAGUCCUCAAUUAAACCGCGCAACAACGAGUCCCCGCCCGAGCUGCCGUCGGGCGACUUUCAACUGGCCCCGCCCGGCUGCUCCGCCUCAAGCACCGACGUCAGUCACACGGCCAACGCCGACAAUCGCUCGCUCUCGGCCGACAUCGCCGACUGGAACCCGUUCGAGGAUCCGCCCUUCAGCCAGAUGACCGAGGACCACAUUUUCGGCGCCGAAUUCGACAAGAUUCGCAAAGGGAGCCAGAGCAGUAUUCAAGGUGUGAAGUCGCGAGAGAGCCUGGUCAUGUCCGUGUCCGAGGAUCCGUUCGGUAGCGCCCCCUUUAGCAUUCCGGCGAAAUCGAGGGAUCGAAUGAACAAAAUUACCCUGCAGGCUUCAGCCUCAACAUCGACAUUAAAGCACGCAAUUAUUCGAUCGACGAUUCAAGAAAUCCAGCCCACGAUCAGCUUCGAAUCCUCACCGGAUCACGCGAACCUAGUCUUCUCGGAGGGCGAGGCGCCCCUAAUCAACAGUACGGAACCCGAGGGCGACGAAUUGGCAACGUCGCCUCCGUACGUGAAAGCGCCGUUGGAGGACAGAUCGAAAUACGAGAAGCUGACGCAGAACGUUUACGAUAUCAGUUCGGGGGACAGCUCGAACGAGGAGAACGUAAAGCUCGACAAGGGCGCGCGCAAGAAGCGGAAGAUCAAAAAUUUGCCCGAGAAAUUGCCGAUCGUUCCGAUUAUGAAAAGUUUGAUAUCCGAACGGUCGGGCAAGAGCGGCGAGAAGCAGGUGCGGAUAAAGACGAAUGUCAAAGACGUCGACUCGGACGACUCUAUCGGUUCGGCGAGCGAUUUGCGUGUCGACGAGGACCGAGUCGCGAGUAAGGCGGACGCGUUAAGCGAGACGAUCAGUGAGAGUAUUCGCACGUGUGGGUCCUCCGCGUACCAUGCCGAGUGCGAAAGUAUGGCGACACACGAAGACGAUGCGGUCAGUCGCAUGAUACGAUUGCAGAAGAAGCAGAAGAAUUUGUUAAAUGAGAACGGCGAGGAUGCGCUGUUCGUUGGCCAUCAGUACGGCGAGAAGCCUUUGCUUUUCGAUGACGAGCUGGACUCGGACUGCGAACCGAAAACUGACAGGCAAUGGAGGAUAGAAAAACCGAAACCGGACUUGUGGAUUGAACCAAAGAGUAGCUUGGAGGAGGCGGAUGACGUUUUCGCGUUGGCGCCUUUCCAGAAAUUUCACAGGGAAGACACCGCAGACUGCGUAGAAAACCCCAAUUAUUGUCCCGUUGUUUCCUCCACACCGACCGAUGCCUAUAAUAACCUAAACCCUUUCUUGGGCACCUUUACGCCAUCUUUGGUAGUAAACCAAAGCGAAUCCGCUUACGGAAUCGUCACCGUAAACUCCAACGUGAUCAACAUCGAGGUCCCCUCCAGCACCUGCAACUACUUUCAACCCCGAGCGCAGCAGUUCCCGGUCAACUUCUCGGAUGGUACGACAUCACCGGCAGAUGCAGAAAAGUAUUUCACCGAACUGGAAGGUCCUCGCACUCAGGAACCCGAACCGGCCUAUUUCAAUAACGAAAACGAAGACCCGAUCGUUGAAGUCCAGAAAUCGAAGAAGGAUAAGAAGAAAGACGGCAAGUCCAAAUAUUAUUUAAUACAAGAGCGAACUUCGGACGAGGGUACUGAGGUGUUAAGGCAGGCAAAAGGCGCCAAAGUCACCAACAGCUACAGGAAGGUCGGCAGUAAAACGAAGAAGAUCGGGAGCAAAAUCAAAAUUCAAGCGGGGUUUAGCAAUAUGAGCUUCGAGGAUUUCCCAUCCGACGAGGGGGAGAAAAAGACGUCAGUAAUGCCGUUCGAGGUUUUGAGGGAGCCCGAGCAGGAAGACAAGAAGUAUGGCAGUUUGAAGAAGAUCAGUAAUCCGUUCUCUUGAGGUACGUCUACUAUUUUUAGGUCCGUUUAUAAAAGUAUUAAGGAGUCCGAUUAAGUGAGGUUAUGGUACAAAGAGGAGGAGGGCGGCCCUCUACGUUAACAGUAUUUUUUUGGCAGCGCCUGUAUUUUCUUAGUGUUUAAUGCGAACAAUGCUAAUCGGCCACAUUGAGGCUCGCCGCGCAAAAAGUAUGUGGACACAGGUUUAAUAUCGAAUAAAGGCAUGUUUAAUUUUACGUUAUUUCAUAAGAAAAAUUUUUUCGGGGUGCUCAAGCUAAUUUUGUGACUUCCAAAGUGAAGGGUUACACGGCCAUUUUAUUUGCGCGAUUGCCUUCCCUGUAAAACAAUCGGAUUAAUUAAAGUUGCUGCUAGUUUCAAUUGAAUGGCGUUUUUACCAUUACGUUUCGACUGAUUCGCGGAUGCAGACAGACAUCUGAUUAGUUACAAACAAAUGAAUCAAUAAAAAUUCAAGUUGGCGGAAGGGGUCAUUUUAAUAAGGCUAUAGGGUAAGCUGCAGCGCGAAAAAAAAUUAAACGUGCUUUUGUUUUAUAGUCCAUUGGACAGUUAUUUUUUUAUCAGGCUCAGCUCUACAUAUUUUUGCGCCGACAUCAGGAAGUUAUUCCAUUAUGUAAUUAGAUGGGGAAUAGUAUGCAAUAAUUAUUCGAUUAGUUAGGUGUACGAAAACGAUGCCUUGCCAAAUAGAUUCGAGCGUUAGUUGUAAAUACACGCGCAUCGAUUAUUCUUGUGUCACGUGACUAAUCACAUUUAGAUUUUAAGUUUUGCACUGAAUUUGACCAUUCCUAAAGUUGCCACUUCUCUGAAUCGGAAAGUCGCUUUAAUCACAAACAUGCGUCCGUGGAUUUCUGUAUGCGUACAGAGUUACUAUUUACUAGCUUAACUGCGUGUGAUUAAAGCGAAAGUCUCUUAAUUUUAAGCUAGUCACUUUAAUGUAGUGGUUUUUGGCUGAAACAUACAUUCUUUUACCAUACGUAAGGUUUAGUUUUUAAGAUUUUUGUAACCAUUGAAGAAUUUUGUACAUUUUGUUAAAUUUGUGCGUCGUAAGGGCGGAUAAAAGUUAUUUAUUUCUGUAUUUUAAA